UAAAUGACAAGUUACUGAGCGUUUCAAAAGAUCAAUGGCUGCAAAAUUUGAUCCACCCGCAGGCCUGAAAUGCAGAAGCACAGAAGUCAAUGGCUCUCAGUGUGCUUUUUAUGGAAGUGUGGCCUGGAGCGGUUAUUGUUCUAAAUGCUACAAAAUUUAUGUGACAGCUUCUAUUGACGAAUCUGUUGUGAACACUAACAAAUGGGGUUCGAAAGGUAACGCGACUGGUGGUGCAUUACGGAAGCCCGAAUUAAUCCGUGAUGUGGGUGAAAAAUUUCAACAACCUGCCAACAAAAUCAAAGAAAUUGCACAAACGCAAGCGGAACAACUUAAGUUAAGACUUAAGUCUCUGAAAUUUGGCAACCAGGGAUCCAAAGUUUACAAAGAAUGUGAUCAACUGAUAGAGCAAUGCCAUAAAUCUCAGUUCACAUUAGAAGAACUCCAGAAAUCGAUUCAGCUUUUUUAUCGCAACUUAGAUUCACUUCUAGGAAAUAGUCAAACCGACGAGACGGACCAAAAAGAAGUCAUCCAAUCUUUUGAAGACUAUCUCUCAACUAGGCUCCAUGGGUAUUUCUUCUCCAAGUUCCCUCAACUCGAAGAAGCAGACAAACUUUUGCAGAAACGGAUAUCAAAUCUUUACUGGGUGACUGCCGAGCAACUUGAAUGUCCAUUGACGCCUCAGACGAUAGCGCGCGAUAAUGAAGGCGUCCGAAAUCCCCUCGACAAAGCCAUGGCUUCGCUGAUGCUAAUCCAUACCAAGAAAACUCCACGAGAGAAACUGAUGUCAAUUGACGAUGCCUGCAUCGAUUUAAACAUUGCACUGCAGAAGGCCCUAUCACGCCCUGUCUCAGCUGAUGAUUUUCUGCCCUCAUUUGUGUGGAUAAUGUUGACGAGUAAACCGCCUCAGUUGACAACGAAUGCGACCUUCAUAGACACUCUAGCACACCCCCAGAGCGUGACUCAAGGCCAGUCGGCCUACAACUUCAACACAUUCCAAGUGGCCUUACAUUAUAUAUCCAAAGAAAUGAAUUCAGUCUCUCUGAAGGUACCCGAAGAGGAUUUUGAGAAGUUGAUGCGGGGAGAAGUCACCCGUAAAAUAAUGUUCAACGACAUGCUUAAAAAUCUGGAGGUCAAACAAGCUCAACUGGAUGUGUUGCAAACUAGAAAUGAACAACUAAUGGAAGACGUGAAAAGUUUGACCAGUUCCAUCUCCGUUUUCAGAACGUCAAUGAAGAAAACUUGCAGCGAAGUUCUUUUGUCAGUUGAUAGAAGUGCGUGCAUCGAUGGUGGAACCAAUCAAGAGACUUUGAAUAAAUUGAUUGGCGAUUUUGACUACCUUGCCAAGCCUUCUAUUGAUCAGAUUUUGGAUCCGUUUGGACCUAUAAACCAAGAACUGGCCUCGCCCUUGGUUCCAAUGAGUUUAAACACAAUGCAAACUGCUAGCCAUGAAAAUGUGUCAAAUUCGGGUAAUCAAAACUAUUUGGGCUUCGAUUUGAACUGUAAUGUAAUGAACAGUAAUAAUGCUCAAGCUUCUUCUUUGCCUCCGAUGCCUUCAACAAACUCAGACAGUUUGAUAUAGUUUAUUUAAGGGUCUGAUUAGCGCAUUUAGUGAUUAUGUAUUUUUGAAUAUGAAAUUUGAAUCUAAUUUUGAAAUUGAUGCUACAGGAUGCUACAGCUAAUCAUAUUUUGUGUAUAAGUGAAAUUUAAAGGCUAUAGGGGACAAUUUGCGAAUAUUUGAAUCACAUGGUUUAGCCAAGGAUCGGAACUAUUAAAAUAAUCGUAGAUUACGCUUUUACUACUCAAAUCAAAUAAAUUAUGGAUUUUUUAAAGGUUCUUUUCGUACCGAAAUUUCGACAAAGGUUUUCCAUUUUGCUAGGAUUUCGCGAGAGCUGCCAAACUUAUCUUAGUUUCCAAUUUUUUUUAUCAAUUCUUGUAGACAGCCACCAAAUGCAUCAAUGGCUAGAGCUACAGUUUUUAUGCUUUAAAAACUUGAUUAGCUUGGUAUCAAACGUCAAAUUGAAUUAUAUGAGAAUGUUGGCAUUACUACUCUGGAAUUAUUAUAUUUGCGCUAUAUUUUGUAAAUAAUCAUGUAUGUUAGUUAUCCUUUGGUCUCGUUUGAUUGGUGCUGUUUUUCUGAACUCAAUAGCGUUAGAUUGGUUGUCUGAUUCAGUCAAAUUCAAUUUUUAAUUUUCAA